AAAAACAAGUUUGAGCGAAGUUUCCGGCGAUACUUUUAUAUCUUAUGUCUCUUGCCACUUGGGAUCUUAAAACAAAUAUAUGUACAUUUUAAAAUGAAAAUAAAUUUAGGCGAUACUAAUGAGGGAGAAAUAAAGUCUUUUUGUGACAGUUGCCAUUUACUUAUAGAGUUGACAACAAACUAAAAGAAGAAGAUAUCCCCUUGAAAUGUACGAGAAAAACUUUCGCCUUAAAAAUCUUAUGUUAUAAUAUUCAUUUGUUCGUUAUAAUCUCUUUAAUGUUUAUUUCCUACUCGAAAUCUUACGUCCGCUUCUCCGUGAAGAGGAAGGUAACAUAUUAUAGGUGUCGAAAAGACAAGGUACUCCUUCGUCAUAGUCUUAAUAGUUUACAUUCAUUUCCUAUGCUCAUUUCUAUUUUCACUCGAAUAGCCCAAUACAUUGGAACUCAAACGUUUUUUUUUUCUCCAUACAAAUGACCAGUUAGCUCACAUGUCGCAUGCCUAUCCAAGUUUUAAAAAAGGCUGAUGUCGACGUGAUGCGCGUCUGCUAUACUAGCCGAAAUGUUUUAUAAUUGUUUUCUACUAAAAUCUUUUAAAUGUCAACCACUGUUAUCCUAAAUCAACACAUGCUAUGAUAGAAGAUAUCAGAUUUCGUUUUAAUGUUUUGAAUAUCGAUACGACUACAAUAUUUUUAUUUGAAUUAUUAAUUUUCAACAUUGAUACUACGAUGGUUGUUUAUUUUUGCCAAUGGAUAUUUGCUGUUUACCUGCUGAACAUUUGUUUAAUAGACGGGCAUAAUGACCACAUGUGGGUGAAGUAUAGAAACAAGGACUUUAUGCUAGUCCAUCAACAAAUGACAUGGAUGGAAGCUCAGAGUGUAUGUUAUUCACUUGGCGGUUUUCUUGCAACUGUAUCAAAUUCUGAUGAAAUGAUGUUUAUCAAGUCAAUGACAAACGUACAUCCUAACACGGUUUGGUUGGGCGGUACAGACAUGUUUGCGGAAGGAAGAUGGGUAUGGGUAGAGAAUUUAGAGCCAAUCUCAUACAACCACUGGUAUACAAGUAGUCAUGAACCAUCCGGAGGAUUGGCGCAGAAUUGUAUGAUUUGGUAUAACAGUAACGGAUAUUUUUGGCAUGAUGGUUCCUGCAAGUCUAACUUCAAAUUUGUCUGUCAGCGUUAUUCAAAGAGGAAAGAACAGUGAAGACAUAUUUUAUUAUAGGAUUCAAAUAAAAAAAAA